AAGAAAGGCGCACCGGAAGUUGUGGUACCCAAGCCAUACUCUCAUAAAUCCAGCCAGGUCGCGCUGAAACAGUUUCCGGAAGCACUUCUCCUAGAUCGCACCGCCUCUUCCUCCUGGAAGCUAUAUAAUGAUAUCGCGUCACUUCCGCUCUCUCUUCCACAGGAGGCCUACACGCCGCCGCUUGUGCUGCAGCCAUGUCUCUAGUGAUCCCUGAAAAGUUCCAGCAUAUUUUGCGAGUACUCAACACCAACAUCGAUGGGCGGCGGAAAAUAGCCUUUGCCAUCACUGCCAUUAAGGGUGUGGGCCGAAGAUAUGCUCAUGUGGUGUUGAGGAAAGCAGACAUUGACCUCACCAAGAGGGCGGGAGAACUCACUGAGGAUGAGGUGGAACGUGUGAUCACCAUUAUGCAGAAUCCACGCCAGUACAAGAUCCCAGACUGGUUCUUGAACAGACAGAAGGAUGUAAAGGAUGGGAAAUACAGCCAGGUCCUAGCCAAUGGUCUGGACAACAAGCUCCGUGAAGACCUGGAGCGACUGAAGAAGAUUCGGGCCCAUAGAGGGCUGCGUCACUUCUGGGGCCUUCGUGUCCGAGGCCAGCACACCAAGACCACUGGCCGCCGUGGCCGCACCGUGGGUGUGUCCAAGAAGAAAUAAGUCUGUAGGCCUUGUCUGUUAAUAAAUAGUUUAUAUACCUA